CUGGCUCGGAGCGGCAGUCGACAUGCUGUGCUACCUCCGCGGUCCGUGGCGUUGGCCACUGCCUGCCCUGUCGCUCCGGGCCCAGCGUCCCGCGCUUCCGUGGUGGGCGGUGGCCGCAGGCCCCUCAGCGGCCGCGGGCGGCUGGUACGAAGCGCUGGCCGCAUCGGCGCCGGUGCGCGCGGCGGAGGGGGCGCUGCUAGGCGCGCACGCCGCCCUGGGCCUGCCCUGGUGGGGCAGCAUCGUGCUCGCCGCCGCCGGCCUGCGCGGCAGUGUCACGCUGCCCCUGGCCAUCUACCAGCACCGCGUCCUGGCCAAGGUGGAAAAUUUGCAACCAGAAAUAAAAAACAUUGCCAAGAGUCUUAACCAAGAAGUUGCAGUUUGUGCUCGACAGUUGGGGUGGUCCAAAAGAGUUACCAGGCUUACUUAUCUAAAGAAUAUGAGAAGGCUUGUUUCAGAGCUGUAUGUUCGGGAUAACUGUCACCCUUUCAAAGCCACUGUGUUGAUCUGGAUUCAACUUCCAAUGUGGAUCUUCAUGUCUAUUGCCCUCCGGAAUUUGAGUACAGGGGCCACACAUUCAGAAGGUUUUUCUGUUCAGGAACAGUUAGCCACGGGUGGAGUUCUCUGGUUUCCUGAUCUCACUGCAUUGGAUUCUACUUGGAUUCUGCCCGUCUCUGUGGGUGUUGUCAAUUUAUUGAUAGUGGAGAUUUUUGCUCUACAAAGACAUGGAAUGUCCCGUUUUCAGAUGUACAUCACGUACUUUGUCCGUGCUGUGUCAGUACUGAUGAUUCCAAUUGCUGCAACUGUACCUUCAUCAAUUGCUCUCUACUGGUUUUGCUCCAGCCUCAUGGGCCUUGCACAGAACUUGCUGCUACGUUCUCCACGAUUUCGCCAACUUUGCCGAAUACCAUCAACCAAGUCAGAUUCAGAUACUCCUUAUAAAGACCUCUUUGCUGCCUUUUAUGCCAAGUUCAUAUUAAGAAAAUGACAUAACUUCCAGUAACUUUGAAACAAUUGCAGGUGUCACUACCUGUAUGUAUUUAGAUUUAGAAAUGCAGAUAUUGUUUAAUUUGCUUUGCUUUAAAAUCACAAACUCUGAAGAUUAUGGGUUAUAAUGUAAGCCUGAUAUAUUUGACUGUUAAAAUCUUUUAAGUGGUAGAAAUGUAAUAUGUCUUAUUGUAAAAGAGUAUAACAAUGGAACCAAAGUGUUGUCCCUGUUAAGAAAAUUACGACUUGUUAGAGUUGCCAGAACUUUGGUGAAUGAGGUCAGAAACUCAUGUCAAAUUGUACUAAAAAGUCUCACUCAUUACAGUUUUGUAAAGGAAGAGGAUCAUUGAGGUGAUUCUUAAUAUUUUGAAUGGGGUAGGGAGGGUUAUAGAUCUGUUUUAGUACCUGAUAAACAGUUGAGUGUGGUUUUCUCUUCAGAAAAUUUGAGGGCUCACACUCUGAGGACCUUCAUUGAUUCCCCUGAAGGUCUUCUGGUGACUCUGAGGUAGGGAAAUCGCAUGGAGCAUGCAUUGAGGUUAACCCAGUGUGUGGCUGGAAUAAAAGCCUUGAAAUCCAUGCAGUAGAGUAGUCUAUGCACACAACUCCCUAAUGUAAGCAUCAUCUUCCGGCCCUGGUCUGUCUUGCUCCCAAUCUGACUCUAGGGACUUCCCUGAGAGAAAGGAUUAGUUCUACAAAAGAAGGUCCUCUCUUCUCAGUCUUCCGCCCCUCAUGCUCAGAAAGUCUCUUUCUGUUUUACUUAAAUCUACAAUCCCAGUUGAGAACGAUAAAUUAAAAAACCAUUUUGAUCCCGAUUGAUUUAUACCAAAGGAUCUAUAAGGCCUGGUCAAUGUCUUCCCCCCACUAGAAAAAAAAAUUCCAAAUGUUAUCAAUCAGCUAGUUUAAAGAAGCACUUUCCUCUGCAUGGCUUGCCUAGUUCUCCCAACACUUCAGUUGCUUUGUUAUAAUGUGAACAUGAGAUAAUGACAUAGCUGUCCCAAAGAAUGAAUAACAAAAAGAACAUAUUUUCUCAUGUACCAUUGACUACACUACCUUUUGACUGCUCACUUCUCAUCUGAGUGCUGCAAGGUAGCCUUGCCUUUAACCACCUUGUCCUGUACUGCUGAUUUGUCUUACAAACUGAGGACUUCUGGGCAUUUUGGAACAAAAGCAUUGAUGAAAAGACCUGAAAUAAAAAUAAAUGUCCCAAAAGAGUAACCACUCUUACUGAAUUAUCCUGAGACAGCAAAAAGAAUUUAUAUCCUUAAAGAUCUGUGCUAGAUUUCCAAAGGUCCAAGAAUUUUAUUAAAACGUUGCUACGGAAAA